AUGCCCCCAACAGGGGUGCCUGCAUUCAGACAUUGGCUUAAACACAAAGAUACAUAUGGUCCCGUGAGCAGCGUCAGCGUCCUGGGACAACCUCUCAUCAUUAUUCAUGACCGCGAGGCAGCGCACUACCUUUUCGACAAGUCAUCAGGGAAAUCCUCGGGACGCCCAUCGGCCAACUUUGGCGGUAGAUUGUGCGGUUUCGACAAGAUUUUGAGUCUCCAGCAAUAUGGCGAUACCUUCAAGCGUCAUCGCAAGUUGGUACACCGGCAGAUGGGCACGAGGGCGGGAGCUGCAAAGUUUCGCCAAAUCCAAGAUGUAGAAUCACAUCGAUUUCUGCUACGCUCUCUUGAUAACCCUGGUAAUUUGAUGGAACAUAUAAGGAAGGAAGCCGGUGGUGUCAUUUUAAAGGCGACAUAUGGUUAUUCUAUUGAACCACAUAAACCAGAUCCUUUAGUGCACUUGGUCGAGUUUAUGGUGGAAGGCAUUAGUAUCGUGGUUGUCCCAAUGAAAUUCGUGGUAGACUUUCUUCCAUGGCUCGAGUACCUCCCGGAAUGCCUACCAGGCAUGUCUUUCAAAGGUCGAGCCCGCCAAUGGAGAAAUAUACUGAACAACACUAUCGAGGCUCCUUAUCAAUUUGUCCGACAGCAAAUGGCUAAGGGUAUCCAGUGCGAAUCAUAUGUAUCCUCCCUCCUGACACAAGAAAAGCUAAAAGGUAGCGGAAACGACAUAUUGGACGAGACCUAUGAGGCUGAUAUUAAGCGCACGGCUGCGAUAAUGUAUGCUGGUGGAGCCGAUACAACAGUGUCAACUAUUCAGAGCUUUAUCUUAGCUAUGAUGGUCUACCCAGAAGUCCUCAAGAAAGCCCAAGCUGAGAUCGACAAUGUCAUUGGUCCUGACAGAUUGCCCGGAUUCGAAGAUCGAGAGAACUUGCCAUAUAUCAAUGGCAUGGUCAAGGAGUCACUCCGAUGGAUGCCGGCCGUACCAAUGGGUGCAGCCCACAAGGCCGACGAUGACAUCUACUAUGGAGACCUUUGCAUUCCAAAGGGCUCAUUUCUACUGCCCAAUGUAUGGUGGUUCCUCCACAACCCAGAAACCUAUCGAGACCCGGAACGCUAUGACCCUGAUCGGUAUCUCGAACCCCGAAAUGAACCAGAUCCAGAUAGCAACUGUUGGGGAUAUGGUCGUCGGAUCUGUCCGGGUCGAUUGCUGGCUGAUGAGAGCAUUUUUAUUGUCAUCGCGCGUGUCGUAGCAGCAUUUGACAUCGAGAAGGAUGUGGACGAACAAGGAAACACCAUUGAGCCCAAGGUAGAGUUCACGACAGAGGGUGCAUUGAGUCGCCCUGUCGACUACCCUUACCGGAUCAAGCCAAGGAAUGCAAAAUGCGUGGACCUGAUAAGAGCUGUGGAGAAGGAACAUCCAUGGGACAAGGGUGACGCCAGUCUUCUUCCGCAGGAUAUGGUCGUAGUGUGA